AUGUCGGAAACACCAACGCCUUACAAGCCCUCCCCUCUCGCCUUCAACAGCACACGCCAGUCGCCUUUUAGAAGACCGGGCUCCAUCAGACAAAGCUCACCGGGUAACCUGCGACCAUCGACGCCAAACAGCUCCCCUCUCAAGCCAAAAGAGACACCGACCUCUCCUGCACAUACACCCAACCGCCUAUCCAUUGGAGGCAUCCCAUCGCAAAACCCGCCGUCAUGGCUGAACACAAGAAGGGAGUCAGGCACUCCAGAGCCCACCUCACCUGCCCGGAAUCUUUCUCCUGCGCGCCAGGUCUCCCCAACACGGAAUGUAUCCUCGUCAUCGCAAAUGACUGUGCGCCCAUUAAGCACAGCGUCCAUUGCAGCCAAAUUUGAGGGCGUCGCGAGGGACGACACGCCACCUCCUCUUUUCAGCAGGAGGAAGUCACCACCCGUAGAGAAUACUGAGUCGCCGGUCGAGGAUUUCAAACCCGUAGAUGACUACACACCGGUCGAGGCACACAAGCCAGCUGAGACUUGGAUUCCGGUGGAGAGCUACAAGGCAGUAGAGAGUCCCAAGCCCGUCGAGACCUACAAGCCAGUUGAGACCUAUAAGCCAGUUGAAACAUACAAACCAGUCGAAACCUAUAAACCGGUCGAGACCUACAAGCCAGCAGUUCGCCCUGCUCCCAUGCAACGCAUGGCCUCCAGCGACGCUCUCUCUAAGCUCCCACCUCCCCUCCUCCACAGCAUGCGCGAAUCCUUCAGCGUAAUGGACCGUGACGACGACGGUCACGUCAAUGCCGCCGACGUCGCAGACAUGCUGUCGCAGCUCGGUCUCUCCGCCACCCCCUCCCAGCUCUCUUCCUACUUCGGCGGCGCCCAAUCCAUCAACCUAGCCACUUACCUAACCACGCUCUCCGACCUCCUCGGCAAUCUGUCUCACCAGAACGAGCUCACUGCUGCCUUCGAGGCGUUUGAUGAUAACGAUGAUGGCCAGAUUGAUUUGGCCGAGUUGAAGGAUGCGUUACUGCAUACCGCGCCUGAGCAUGGCGAGAAGAAGUUGACAGAGAAGGAGAUUGACAUGGUUAUUGAGGGGUUUAGUGGGCGGAGGGCUUUUGCUAAAGGUGGGAAGAGUUUGGGGAAUCGGACAGAGGUAUUUAGGUAUCAGGAGUUCAUGUCGAAUUUGACGGGUGGCAGUAAGAAUGGGGGUGACAAUGGGGAAGCAGCGCCGGCGUAG